AUGGACCAAGAUACGCCCCAAGAUACAAAGCACCUACUCUUGGAGCUGCUUCUGGACGACGUGGGCGACAAAAUCGACAAUUUCGAAGCACAACUGCUGCUGAAGGAUACAAACCAGCCAGCCGGUAGGCUAGAAGAAAUAGAUCCCGAUAGGGGGGUGGCACUUCAUAUAUGGAAAGCCGAAAUCGAAAGACAAAGAGUCAUAUUGAGUGACUUUCGCAUGGCCACAGCUCUGUCGCUAGGAAGGGAGGCAGAAGAGACACCGUUACCCAAAGAAACAAAGACAUUCACCAAACUUAUCUCUACCGCUAUUCAGAAGCUAGUUCACUCUCUCAAGAACAUCAUGCGUUCCAUCAAAGUCCUGGGUUUGGCCGACUCCCAGCCCGAGGUCUGCACAUCCUGUAGAGAAGUCUGCAGCGAAAUCUUCAAAACACAAUGUUCCCACUUCUAUUGCAAGAAUUGCUUAAUCCGCAUGGUCACGAAAUCUUUGCAGGACGAAUCCUUGUUUCCUCCUCAAUGCUGCCACAACCCGAUAAAAGGCUCAGGUAUGAAGAAGAUGAUAGGAGCUGCAUUGGUGCAAGAACAAAAGAAGAGGGCAACCGAGCUCAGUGAUCCGGACCGAACUUACUGUUCAGACUUGACAUGCUCUCGAUAUAUCUCGCCAACAACGAAAUUUUGGCCGGCUUUUAUUUCAAACACAGUUGGUACCUGCAAGUGUGGUGUAUGCACGUGCAGGAAGUGCAAGAGGGGUGCCCAUGGGGGUAGAUAUCUAUCUCAGCUAGACAAGUCAUUGGAGAAAUUGAUGAAGAGGAAGAGAUGGCAACGGUGCACUAAAUGCGGCCGUGUGAUAGAGCUUCAAGAGGGCUGUCCUCAUAUCACGUAA